GCCGCCGUGGACGGAGUCGCCCUAGUUCUAGCCAAAUGGCGCAAUCUUCGUCGUCGUCGUCUCCUUACGCAGUCAAACUUUCCACCUCUUGCGUUUCUUUCAAGUAAUCGAUGCUCAUUGCCGAUCGUCUUGACCGCCCAAAUCGGAGUCCACUGCGAGCGAACAUGGAGCCGGCUCUCCAGGCGCUGAUCGCCUCCCUAGUCAGUUUCCUCUUCGUCUCCCUCAUCUUCGCCGUCCUCGUCCUCAUCUGCCGCGACGCCUCUAAGUCCCGCCUUUCCGACGUCGAGGGGGUGCUGGCCCUCCGCUCGCUCGGCCGCACGCGCUCCUUGCACCUUCCCUAUGCCGCCGAGGAGAGUAGCGCCUCGUACGACCCGUCCCUAAAUGAUAUCGCCAUGUCGGAGCUGGUCGCGGCCACCAGGGACUUCGCGGCGGACGGAAUCAUCGGCGACGGCAGCUUCGGGUUCGUCUACAAGGCGCGACUGUCGUCGGGCGUUACGGUCGCGGUGAAGCGGCUCUCCAAGGACGCCGCGCACGGCGUGCGCGAGUUCAAGGCGGAGAUGGACACCCUAGGGCGGAUCCGCCACCCGAACCUGGUGCGCAUGCUAGGGUUCUGCGUCGCCGGCCGCGACCGCGUGCUGGUCUACGAGUACGUGAAGCACGGCAGCCUGGACCAGUGGCUGCACGAGGAGGAGGACGACGAGGGGCGUCCGAGGUCGCUGCCGUGGCGGACGCGGCUGGGGAUCGUGCGCGGGGUGGCGGCCGGGCUGACCUUCCUCCACGAUUGCUGCCAGCCGGCGGUGAUCCACCGCGACAUCAAGGCCAGCAACGUGCUGCUCGACGAGGGGUUCGAGGCGCGGAUCACCGACUUCGGACUGGCGCGGCUGGUGGAGGCGCCCCGCACGCACGUGUCGACGCAGGUCGCAGGGACGAUGGGGUACAUGGCGCCGGAGUACUGGGAGGGAGCGACCGUGGCGACGGUGAAGGGGGACGUGUACAGCUUCGGGAUACUGAUGCUGGAGGUGGCGACGGGGCGGCGGCCGAACCUGGGCGUGCGGCAGGAAGGGGGCGGCGGAAAGAAGGAGAUGCUGCUGGCGAAAUGGGCGCGGGCAAUGGUGGAGCAGGGCCGGAUCCCGGAGAUACUCGACAGCGAGAUGGGGAGCGAAGACGUGGAAGAGAGCGAGGUGACGGCGUACCUGAAAGUGGCCUUCCGCUGCACCGAAGACUCUUCCAGGAAAAGGCCCUCCAUGAGAGAGGUAUUAGCUGACCUAAACCAGUUCUAAAUUUCUUUUACAAUAAAAUAAAAUAAAAAAGAAGUAAUGCAUAUGCAAAUACUAUUGUAAUUACUUCCUUCAAAAUGAAUAAUGAUGGUUGUCACUCA